UUCCCCCAACCCCGGCAACGCGCAAGCGCUCGGGACCGUGUGGGAAUGGUCGGUCCACGAACUGGGGGUUGGACCGCUCCGAGCGAAACAGAGCAAAAGAGUUUUUAAAUGUCCGCCAUGUUGUCCAUGGCGCACUGAACCACCGAUAGGGAGCGGAGCGUCGGAAAAAAACAGUCCGAGAGAGAGCGACCGAGAUCCGGGCCUUCCCCCAGCUCCGCUGGCGACGCCCUAAAUACAAGCUAGAACCUUCCGAACGUUAGAGACUAACCGCACAGAAACAUCAAUGAAAGCUCCACUCGGUGCCGUUGUGAACAUUAGGAGAUCGGAUAGAUUUAUAUUGCAUCUGGAAUUGUGAAAAAAUGAGUAAAUUGUCGUUUCGGGCACGGGCGCUGGACGCUUCCAAGCCACUACCCGUCUUCCGUUGUGAGGAUUUACCCGACCUACACGAAUAUGCAUCCAUUAACCGGGCUGUGCCGCAGAUGCCGACGGGGAUGGAGAAAGAAGAGGAAUCGGAACACCAUCUCCAGCGGGCCAUCUCGGCGCAGCAGGUCUACGGCGAGAAGCGGGACAACAUGGUCAUCCCGGUCCCCGAGGCGGAGAGCAACAUCACCUACUACGACUCCCUCUACCCCGGCGACUACAAGAUGCCAAAGCAGCUCAUUCACAUACAGCGUGAGUCUCAGUAA